GAUCAAACAGGAGCAGGACCACAGAAUUUUUACCCUUUCUUACAAAUGGAGGAACACAAAGAUGCUCAACACUGUUUUCAUAACUCUUCUUGCAGGAAGGCUUCGCUAUCGACAUCUAUAUACAUAACACUGUACAUUUUGUUCUCAUUCAUUUCAGCGGUUACAGUAUUUUUGAACAUACUGGUGAUCAUCUCGAUCUAUCACUUCAAGCAGCUCCACACUCCAACCAACCUGCUCAUCCUCUCUCUGGCUGUGACAGAUUUCCUGGUGGGACUGAUUGCGAUACCAGUAGUGACUGUGGCAGUAAUGGAAUCAUGCUGGGUUUUUGGGAAAUAUUUCUGUGUGUUUUUUCUCUUCAUCGGUUACUUAAUUAUUUCUUUAUCUCUGGGCAAUUUGGUUUUGAUAUCUAUUGACCGUUAUGUAGCUGUGUGUUAUCCCUUGUUGUACCACUCAAAAAUAACAAUACCAAGAAUUAUCUGUUGGAUAUUGAUUACCUGGUGUUGGUGUAGCAUAUACAAUGCUGCUAUUUCAAGUAACUCUGUAACUCUACAGGUACCCAAAAUGUGUUUUGAAGAAUGUUUUAUUUUUGAAGGAUUUAACUGGAGUAAAACCAUUGAUUUUGUAAUUAUAAUGGUUGUCCCAUGCUAUAUUAUUAUAACACUUUAUUUCAAAAUAUUUGUCGUCGCCAAAUCACAGGCCAGAAAGAUAUUUUCAAAAGAGGCUGCCACCAAGUCUGGUGUUAAAACUGUACUGGUGAAUAAGACUGAGAGAAAAGCAGCAAAAACUCUAUCUAUUGUAGUUUUCACCUAUCUCACUUGUUGGAUUUCAAUUUUUUUUCUACAUUUUUUUUUUCUACAAUCAUUAACUUACUUACUCUUGCUGCCAUUUCUUAAUUCCUUAAUUAAUCCAAUAAUUUAUGCUUUCUUUUAUCCAUGGUUCAAAGCGAUAGCUAAACAUAUUUUAACUCUAAAGUUAAGGCGUUUAUAG